AUGGUUCGAGCACACUACCCCAAAGUCAGACACUACCGGAUCCCCGAUGAUGCUCUCAUUCGUAUUUUGGAGUAUCUCGACCCGCGGUCUUUGUUCUUGGUCGGCAAGGCCUUCAAACGUGUCUAUGCCCUCACCAUGACCUACCACACCCUUCGGUACAAUAUUGAGCUUGCAGUUGCUGGUAUGCGCGAUGGGUCGACCUUGCUCCAAUAUGCACCGAUUCUCGCACGCCUCCAUCUUUUGUCAAGUUACCGUCUCGACUGGCCUCAACUCAACUGGACACACGAGUUCAAGAUUCAAGCGCCGGGACCCGCGCAUAUCGGCGUCAGUGGUGGAUUUAUUCACCAGAUACGGCCUCAUGGGGUCUACAACACGGUCGAGAUUACCGAACUUCCUUCGUGCCGGACUGGGCGAACUCCCGCUUUAACUCGUCACCGAAGCUUCCCUACUCCGCCUUUUGAGACAAUGGCUAUCGACUCGAUGCAGGGGUUAAUGAUUGGUGUCCACAUCUUCUGUCAAAACGGUAUAAUCGGCGUCCAGAUUCACAUCCGUGACUUGUGGACCUCGGGAAAGCAUCCCCGCGCUGCUGCAGAAUCGUACGAGCUUGCCACCCAAAGCCUUGUUCCUGUUGCAGAAGCCAGCCUCGUGAUUCAAGGCAAGAAGAUAGCUUUGACGCUGGAGUUUGCAGAUGGAAAAACUAGCCACCUUUUCAUGGACUGGCGCAACCUCGGGGCACGUUGGAUCGACGACCAAGAUAUUCUCAUGCUAGACAGCGACUUGCUCCUUGUUAUCUCCAAUCAAGGCGGACACACCCCGAUGCUGUCUUUAUUCAACAUUUCGUACCUCGCACGCAUGAGUCUCAUCCGCCAAUUCGAACUCCCUCCCCACUGGGUGCCCUCCUCUGUCAAAUUUGCGGGGAAUAAGGCCGCGCGAACUGCUGUCCCUGGCUCUCUCUUUUACCCUGACCCCACAAACCGUGUGAUGGUCAUUGAAGCAAAAUCUAUAACAAGCAAGAGCGCAAGUUGGCUCUUCAUCAACGAAGUUUACUUCAGCACAGCACCAUACCGUCGUCGAGAGUCGCAUGUCGUGCCUUGGAGUCUAUGGGGCCAAUAUUCUGCGAUCAAGGACUUUUCUCGCAGCAAGAAGAGCGCAAAUAUACGCGGACCCUAUCCAGUUGGUUCGCGGGUCGUUUAUUUGGACAGCGAGCGUAGUCAUCGUGGAGCGUUGAACGUGAUCGAAUUCGAGCCUUUUCCAGAAAAAGCACCGCGUCUCGACUCGAGCUGGUCAGUGGUGGGUCCUCGCUCUGGACUUUUCCCCAGCGAAAACUCCCGUCGUCUGCCGUCUGCAACUGUGGAAAGUUAUGGUGUUGAUGAGUUGGGUGUGACUGAAGAUAACAUUGUUUUGUUUCUUGAACCUCAGGCUGAUUUCCAGCCAUUGAAUGUUCUCACGUUCGGUGCGCCAAAGAUGAAGUGA